CUAAGUCUCGUCUCGUAGUCCUCGUUGUAAUUAUUACAUACUCUUUGACGUUAAAAUCAAAACUCGAAAUUAAAAAAUUACAGAAAUCGAUUGAUUUUGUCGUGAAUUGAUGUUUUGACUUUUGUCUUCUCCAAUUAUCUAAAUACAUAUUAUUACUUAAUUUAGGAAAAGCCAUUCUUAUAAAAUGUCUCAAAUGGCAACUAGAAGCGGCGACUCGAGCCAGGACGAGAAACUCUUGAUGCCAUUCACAUACAUCCAACAAGUUCCUGGCAAACAAAUUCGAGCAAAGCUUACCUUAGCUUUCAACUACUGGUUAAAAGUCAGCGACGACAAACUCCGUGCCAUUGGGGAGAUUGUGCAGAUGUUGCACAAUUCCAGUUUACUAGUAGACGACAUAGAAGACAACUCAAUCCUGCGGCGAGGCAUUCCGGUGGCACACUCCAUAUAUGGCAUCGCUAGUACAAUCAACGCGGCGAACUUUGUGGUCAUCAUAGCGCUAGACAGGACCUUGCAACUCGGCCAUCCAAUGGCUACGACGGUGUACACGGAACAGUUGUUGGAGCUGCACCGCGGGCAAGGCAUCGAGAUCUACUGGCGCGACAACUUCCAGUGCCCUACCGAGCAGGAAUACAGCGAUAUGACUAUGAAAAAAACGGGAGGUCUGUUCAUGCUGGCCAUCCGUCUGAUGCAGCUGUUCAGCGACAACAAGUCCGACUUCAGCAAACUGUCCUCCAUCCUCGGCCUCUACUUCCAGAUAAGGGAUGACUACUGCAAUCUAUGUUUACAAGAGUAUUCAGAAAACAAGAGUUUCUGCGAGGACCUGACGGAAGGCAAGUUCAGCUUCCCCAUCAUACACGCCAUACAGAACCAGAAGGGCGACAACCAAGUACUGCACAUUCUCAGACAGCGGACUCGUGAUGUGGAAGUGAAGAGGUACUGCAUCUCCCUGCUGGAGAAGUUUGGCAGCUUCCAGUACACGAGAGAACGCUUGCAACAAUUGGACGAUGAGGCUAGGGCUGAGGUAAAACGUUUAGGAGGUAAUCCACACUUAGAAGAAUUACUCGACGAACUUCUAAGUUGGCGGCGGGACUCCAAAAAACUUAACAACGAAGAGUAAAUGCCUGUUCAUAGAAAAUUGACUUUAAAUACUAUUGUUUUGGGUUGCGGUCCAACACCGAUGUGGUGUAUUUAAGUUGAGGCCCCAUAUACACGAUACUUUUGCAUCGGCAAUAUUGAUAGCCUUUCUGAAGCUCGAAGUGGCUCAGAAAAGCAAAAAUAACAAAGUCUCUUUUUGAGAACGUUUCUUUGCGAUUACUUCCAUGCUUGAUGAAAAUAGUCUCCUUUUGGAAACUUUCUUCCUUUGUGACUGUUUCAAUACUCAAGCAAGAAAAUCUCCGUUCUUCUUUUGUGAUUCCUUCAAUGCUCUAGCAAGUUUCCUUUUGGAGGCUUUGUUGCUUGAGCAUUGAAGAAAUCCCUAAAAUGCGUGAUUUUGAUCAACGAUCAAUUGCAGUAUGGAUGCGACAUCGAGGUAUCGUCGAUACUAAAAGUAUCGUUUGUGCUUUGGCCCUAAUGAUUGUAUGGUCCGAAUUAUUUUGUUACUUCAAGUAAUUUGGCUGUAAGUUAGUAUAAGAUUUUAUAUCUCACCAACUUGAUAGAGUUUGACUGACGAAAUACUUUUGUGUUAAAGUAAAAUGGAUCUUAAUCGCUUUGUUUUAAAGCUUAAAUUUGCUCGUACGUCUACAGUCUGCGCUGUGCUGAACGUUGCUGUGCUGAAUUUUCAACCUUAAACCAAGGUACUUUAUGUCCAUUUAAGCCUGAUGCUAUUGUUUCGAUACUCGAAUUCUCGUUGGCGAGAUUUAAAAUCCCAUACUAAGCACACGGUCUUAAUGACGAACAAAAAAUAAUACCAACAUCAUUCGAUUUUUUUUUUAUUGGUGCUAGUUUUGGUAGUGUGUGUGUGGUCCAAAAGAGAGGUAAAUUUUUAACUUAA